ACGGCUGGAAUAUCGGCCGCAAACUGCCGACAGUAUUGCAACAAAACCCGACCAUCUCUUUGAGCCAAAUCCUGCGCCAAUACUACUCACCGAAAGGCAUGUCAUUGGACGCCACGGUCUGCAACCGCGGGUACGGACUGACGGAACUGCAGAAUAAGGUGCAGAGAGAGGCCGAGAACUAUAUCCGCGUUUGGAACGGAGUCUUCUACGAGAACUCGUACUUCGAUCACCAGUUGACCGGUUUUGUGGCCGAAACGUCGCGAUCGUUCAGCCAAUUCAUCAAUAAGGCGGGCACUGAGAGACCGGCCGAUGAACGCGAUUACUGUACGGCCACGAGUCUGGGCACUGACCUAAACGCGGCGUCGGUCGAGACCACGGCUGACGUGUUCUUCCUGUUGGACAAUAUGCCGGCGAUGGGCGAGGGUUUCGACGAAGAGGUCAACGUUGUGACUAACGUUGUCCGGCGGCUGACACUCGGCCGCAACGCCGGCUCCGUCACAGUUUUGGUCAACUCUCAGAUGCAAAACGACGUGAAUUUGGUCGACGAUUACGGCAAUCAGAUCCUAACACCACUCUAUGCGCUCGCAUACAACACCACGUCAUCCCAAUGCGCCUCAUGUCGUACCGCUUGGUAUGACAACUCCCAAACAAAAAUAAACGAGAGACCGCUACUCAUGGAGUUAAUCAAUAAGACACUGAUGGAGUUCGACGCCCCGUCCGACUACUUGCCGGGCAUUCCGUCCAAGAAUUUCAUUUGGUUUGAUUACGGAUCUCUUAUGAAGAUACCGACCGAACGCGAGGCCAAAAACCGUUACGAAGACUUUAAAUGGCGGCUUCGGUACGAACACAGAGACGUCCACUUCAUUAUGGCUACGCUUAACAAAGAGGACUUCAAGGAUAUGCUCAUCAGAGACGACGACUGGAUCCAAAUGGGCGUCGGUUCGGACACC